AUGACAUCUUCCCAGCCUUCUCCUUCUUACAUUAUCGUCGGGGCCGGUGUCUUCGGCACCUCGACCGCACUACACCUAGCCACCAAAUUCCCAGAUUCAUCUAUAACACUUAUUGACCGCGACGCGCACACAGCACAGAGCCGCGUGGCCGCAUCUUGGGAUUGGAAUAAGGUUGUGCGUGCCGACUACCGGAACUUGGUAUACUGCCGGCUCGCGCUCGAAGCGCAGGACGUCUGGCGCGCAGACCCCCUGUGGCGCCCGUUCUACCGCGAGACGGGCAUCUACUGGAUUAGUCGCACAGGGUUCGCACGUCAGGUUUUAGAUAACUAUGCUCGGCUAGGACGGGCUACGGAUGGCAUGCGUAUCGUGCCAGUGGAAGAGGCGAAGAGGUUGUAUGGGGGAAUUUUUGACGGGGCGGAUUAUACGGGGGUUGAGAAUGUGCUGGUCAAUGAGACGAGUGGGUGGGCAGAUGCUAAGGGAGCGCUGCAGGCUGUAACGGAGAAAGCGGUUGAAAAGGGUGUCAGAUUCGUCGCGGCUGAGAUUGAGGAGUUAUCGUUUGGGGAGGAUGGAGAGUGUGUUGGGGUUUUGACUAAGGACGGAGAGAUAUAUACCGCUACGCAUACGAUAUUGUCGACUGGUGCUUUUACACCAAAGUUGCUGGAUAGAAUGUCUCAGAAGACCGGGCGAGAUGAGUUCCUUGCUGGGGACAGAAUGAUCGCGGCGGGAGUAACGACUGGGCUGGCGCAGCUUGAUGAUAGCACUGCGGAGGAGUUCUCAGGGAUGCCAGUUGGUAUUCAAGAGAAUGAUCCCGAGAGAGGUGCAAGUAAUGGCGCUUUACCGCCGACCAAAGACAAGAAACUGAAGUGGUGGGGCCAGUGCAUAUUCAAGAAUACACAGACGAUGCCCUCUGGUCGUCAAAUCUCCGCACCACCAGCUUUCACGGACUACUCGCAAUGGACGAUCCCGGAUACUCUAGUGCAAGACCUCGAAUUUGCCAACAAAGCCACAUUCGGGAAACGCGGAGAGGCGUGGAAGGUUUCGGAACAUCGCAUAUGCUGGGAUGCGGUUACACCCAGUGAAGAUUUUAUCAUAUCGCCUCAUCCAGCUUCUAAGGGACUAUAUGUCGCGACCUGUGGCUCGUUUCAUGGGUGGAAGUUCUUCCCCGUCAUCGGCGAGUAUGUUACGAGGAUGUUAGACGGGUCUCUAGAAUCAGAACUGCAACGGCGAUGGGCGUGGAACCGUGAGCGUCCGGACCCAACAGGGAAUAAAGUCUGGCCUGUGAAAGAGUUAAGAGACUUAUAA